GUUUUUAGUUGUCAUACGUGGAUGGCAUGCGUAUGUAUGAGUAUAUACAUAAGCACAUAUGUGAUUGGUACACAGUAAACUUGAGAGCUAUUCAUAGUGAGUUGCAAUUUUUUUUUUUUUACACGAUUGAAAGCAACUGAGUAUUUAAUUGUAAUACACUUGUUGAUGUGCUCUUGAUUAAAGUUAUUCACGUAAUAUGAUUAAUACGGGGAAAUUAGCUGGUUGCACAGUAUUUAUUACUGGAGCAUCGCGAGGCAUCGGUAAAUCAAUUGCUUUGAAAGCAGCCCAAGAUGGAGCGAAUAUUGUUUUAGCUGCUAAAACUGCUGAACCGCAUCCUAAACUUCCCGGUACCAUUUAUUCUGCCGCAGAAGAAAUUGAAAAAGCUGGUGGCAAGGCUUUACCUUGCAUUGUUGAUGUUAGGGAUGAAAAUCAAGUUGCUACUGCCGUUAAGAGUGCAGUAGAAAAAUUUGGAGGGAUUGAUAUUUUGGUUAAUAAUGCAAGUGCAAUUUCACUAACCAGUACAUUGAGUACAGAAAUGAAGAGAUAUGAUUUAAUGAACAGCAUAAAUGCAAGAGGAACCUUUCUAGUAUCCAAAUUGUGUCUACCACAUCUUUUGAAAAGUAAAAAUCCUCAUAUAAUAAAUUUAAGUCCACCACUUAAUAUGCACCCAUUUUGGUUCAAAAAUCAUCUUGCUUACACCAUGGCUAAAUAUGGUAUGUCCAUGUGCGUUCUUGGUAUGGCAGAAGAAUUUAAAGAGCAAGGUGUAGCUGUUAAUGCUUUAUGGCCCAAAACUGCCAUUCACACUGCUGCUAUAGAAAUGCUAGCUGGGGCAGAAUCUGCCAAGACUAGUCGCAAACCUGAUAUUGUAGCUGAUGCUGCAUAUGCUAUUAUGAUAAAAGAUAGUAAAUCUAUCUCGGGUAAUUUCUUUAUAGAUGAAGAUGUGCUAAAAAAAGAAGGAAUUUCAGAUAUGAAGCAGUAUGCAUGUGAUCCAGCCAAUGUUGAUAAUUUGAUGUUAGAUUUCUUUGUGGAUCUUGACAAUGUGGAUAUGAGAAUUGUUGGUGGAUCCAUAGAAGAACCAAAAAAAACAGGUCAAGGACAAAUUGCAUCUAUAUUUGCUGCCAUUGACAAAAAUAUUAAUCCAGAUCUUGUGAAAAAAACUGAUGCAGUUUUUCAAUUUGUUGUCAAAGGAGAUGAAGCUGGGACAUGGUACUUGGACUUGAAAAAUGGUUCAGGCUCAACUGGAAAAGGUGAACCACCUAAACCUGCAGAUGCAACAUUGACUAUGGAUUCUGGCAACUUUUUUGCGAUGUUUUCAGGUAAACUGAAACCAGCAACAGCUUUUAUGAUGGGAAAACUAAAAGUUAGUGGCAAUGUUCAAAAAGCCAUGAAACUUGAGAAGCUUAUGGUUAGUUUGAAAUCUAAGCUCUGAAUUUAUUAGAGCUAAGCAAAAAAAUGUAUCAGAUAAUCUGUUUAAAGAUUGAUUUUGAAAAUCAAAUUAUUCUAAAUACAUUGUUGAGAUUUUAUUUUUAAUGAUGCAGGGCUUUGGCAAUAAGAACACGACUUAAACAAGUCAAUUUUGAAGGAUUUAUUUUUAUGUAAAAUUUUUAUAAUACAUAAAUAAAUUAUUUUAUACAAACUU